UGGAUGAUGAAACGCUGUCUUUCUCUGCUCAGCUCAGCUCAGCUCUUCUCUUCUCUUCUCUUCUCUUUAAUAAUGGGACAAAAGCGGGGUUGGUGGGGAUUGGACAGUUGACGGGUGAUACGACAUAGUUGAAGAAGCAUACAAAACUUUAAUAUGACUUAGUUGAACAAGACCGCGUCCAGUUAACGGCACUGGACUUUGGGGGGAAACUCAUAAUGAAGUUGGAAACUCUGAAAGACCGCACGAAGGCCUGUUUUAUUUCCCCCAAACAGAGAACGACAACAAAAGUAUUUUAUCCACAGGUCAAUACUUUUAACACAUAACUCUUCUGGAUGGUUCAAUGUUUUUCUCCAAAAUCUUUCACAGAUAGAGAGCGAGAGGAGAUGGUUCAGUAAAAUUUUCCUGAGAGAGACAGUUCAAUGUUCGAACCUCAAAGAAGUAGUAGAAGGUUUCUUGGUUUUCAAACUUCAAAGAAAGAAAGAUGAGAAGGUUCCUUGGUUUUCUUUAAAAUUAUUUCCCCCAACAACAAAAGUAUUUUUAUCCACAGGUCAAAUACUUUUAAUACGUAACUCUUCGGGAUGGUUCAAUGAUUUUUUCCAAAAUCUUUCACAGAUAGAGACAGAGAGAGAGAGAGGAGAUGGUUCAAUAAAAUUUUCCUGCGAGAGACCGUUCAAUGUUCAAACUUCAAAGAAGUUCUAGAAGGUUUCUGGGUUUUCAAACUUCAAAGAAAGAAAGAUGGGAAGGUUCCUUGGUUUUCUUUAAAAUUAUCAUCGACUUCAAUGGGAAAAGAACCCAUUUCUGUUAUACCAGAGAGAGAAUACUCAGUCAGAGUCCAUAGAAAGACAUGAACCAAGAGGUGAGACACAGUGCACAUUUACAGAGAGAUUGAGAGGCUCUGUCGUUACUCGGAGAUAGAUUGUGCAGUUACUAACAAGAUAGAGGGAGAGAGAGAGAGAGAGAGAGAGGAUGGGUGGAGAAUUAGAGAGAGAAAGGGCGGCGUCGCUCCCGGAAGAGUUGUGGGAGAACAUUUUGGGGAGGCUUCCUGCCAAGGCAUUUGCGAAGGCCUGCGUCACCUGCCAUUCGUGGAACUGCAUCUGCAACCGAAUACUCUCGCGCCCUAAGCUUCUCUCUGCUCUCUCUGUCCACCACACUUUAGAGGAGUGCAUGGAUGAGGCUUUGGCCAAGGUUCUCUCUAAACCAAUCCGGCCACACUUUGUGAUGGCUUUCACGGGCUUCGCGUCAUCUUUAGAGAAGACCCACAUUCUUCUUUGUUCUGAAUUUGGUGGAACAGUUCCUCUUGUCACAUGUUUUUCUCAGGGUCUAAUUGGUAGGGAUACUGUCAGUAAUGAAGUUGAGGAGGUUCUUUGGGAUCCAUACAAUGACGUGCUUACCGAUCGUGGGGUACUGCUAACUAUUGGCUUCAUCCCCGGCCUUAAAGUUGAAGCAGUGCCGUUAUUUGGCUCUCCUGAAAUAUCUACUCGAACUUGUGUGGAAUCAUUCUUGGCUGAUAUUAACAACUUCACCAAAGAAGCUUCAAAUUGUGCCAACCCCACAGGGAUCGUGAUGUUUACUGAACAGAAGGACUUGAGAUAUAUUCUUCAGACGAUGGAUGAUGCGUUUCAGGGACAAACUCCUAUAGUUGGUGGAGUUGCUGCUGAAGAUAAAGAAGGAAGUAUCCUAUAUAGUGCUGGAGAUUGGUCAAGAACUACGAGAAUUCAAAAUUUGUGUCUGCCCCCUGAAUCAUCUAAAUCAAGAUCGUAUACCAAACUACUGAUGGAUCGUAAUUAUAGACUUGAUGCGGUUGCUCUAGUAUUUGCGAAGGACAUGUAUAAUACUCUAGGUGUCCAUGAAAUCCACUUUACUUCUGCUGUAUCAACUGGCUUAAAACCUAGGGGUCCUUCGUACAAGGUCGCUUCUGUUAGAUCGAGUCUGCAAGAAACAUGGCUCACCGCUAAAAGAGAAGGGCUCCCUAAUGCACUGGAUGGUCCAAGGAUCUGGGAAGAGAUUGAGAAUGAGGUUGGUAAUGAAAUCUAUGGGGAUCCUUAUAUUGGAGUUCUAAAGCGAAGAAAGCACUACAUUGCAGCUGGGAAAAGAAAAUCUGUUUCAUCCUUUGCAUAUCAUGGAUUUUAUAACUCGGACGACAGGUACCUCAAUCUUGAAGGUGAAGGAAUCAAAACUGCAGAUACCUUUCGCUUUUAUUUCCCCAGUGUAGAGGCUGCAUGGGCAUCACGCAAUGCUGUUUGUGAGCAACUUAAGGUUUUGAAACAGAAAGGAAGUGAAGAUUGUGGCCCAAGAAACAUGCAAAAUGGUUUGGAGACUCAAGUGUUUGGAGGGUUGAUCUUUGCAUGUACAAGUCGUGGGUUACCAUUUUUCCGUGAAAAAAAUGUUGAUAGCUCAGCUUUUUCUGAGAUUUUUCCAGGUGUACCAUUAGCAGGAACUUAUGUUGGAGGAGAGAUUGGACCACCUGCCUUAGGAGAGAUGGAGAGAAGCCAAAUGAACUUGACUUGCAGUUGUUUGAGUUACUAUAGCUCAGUCUUUCUUGUGAUGUCUUACACUAUGAAUUCACUAGAAACAUGGGCCAUAGGCCAGUCUUAGGCAUGUGAAUAAACUUAUCCAUGAAGAAGUGUGUUGGCAAAUUCAUGUCACUAAACUCAUUGUGAAUUUUGAUGCUUUCUUGUUGCA